UGACAAAGCAGCUAGCUACUUCCUCUGUAGACUGGUCGCCAAAUUCACAUCCAGACGGCCGCAGAGACUGCGACUACCGUGUCAUCCAAGAUGCUGGCCCUCAUAAACAGGCUUUUGGACUGGUUCAGGUCCCUGUUUUGGAAAGAAGAGAUGGAGCUGACGCUGGUGGGACUUCAGUACUCCGGAAAAACCACAUUCGUCAAUGUGAUUGCAUCAGGCCAGUUCAGUGAAGACAUGAUCCCCACAGUCGGCUUCAACAUGCGGAAGGUCACUAAAGGCAAUGUGACAAUAAAGAUAUGGGACAUAGGUGGACAGCCUCGCUUCAGAAGCAUGUGGGAGCGCUACUGCAGAGGAGUCAAUGCUAUUGUUUACAUGGUGGAUGCAGCAGACCGAGAGAAGAUAGAAGCUUCCAGAAAUGAACUGCACAACCUUUUAGACAAACCACAACUACAAGGAAUUCCUGUGCUAGUACUGGGCAACAAGCGAGACCUGCCCAACGCACUCGAUGAGAAGCAGCUCAUUGAAAAAAUGAAUCUAUCUGCCAUUCAGGACCGAGAGAUCUGCUGCUAUUCUGUCUCCUGCAAAGAGAAAGAUAAUAUAGAUAUCACGCUGCAGUGGCUCAUCCAGCAUUCAAAGUCACGGAGAAGCUGAAAACGAAGCCCCGCCUCCCCGCGCCUCGGCCGCAGCUCUGGCCUAAGCCCCGCCCCUCCCUCCCUAAUGGUCACGGGACCUCGACAGCCAUCCUUCUCCACUGCCUCUGUGAAGUAAUCCAGCUAUCUGCUCACUACCGUCACCACCUGCAUCACUCAGUACACUACCAUAGAUGUGCAGCCCCUGUACAGCACCACCGCCCUCCCAACUAUCCGGAGUCUUGAAAACUUGUCAGUACUGUGCUAGAAGGUGGAUUGUCCAUACCCAUCAUGCCUUAUCGACGCUCAUUAUGGACAUGCUUUGUGUCUUUAAUUUAUUUUAUUUUAUUUUUUUUUUGCUUGUGUUCCCUUCGACAAGCAUCUAAAGACGUUAUAGUGUGCUUUUUUUUCCCCCGGCGACACUAAAACAAACCUCCUUUAAUCACACAUUUAAACAUUUCUGUUGCUUGUCCACACCCGGUGUUUACGUGACGAGGUCGUGAUUGUAGUUUUUAAGGUAUUUGCCAAAUGAUGACGGUAGCUCGUGCUCAAUACUUUGAAUUCCUGAUCACAGCGUAGCCUGCAUUUGAUUUGCCGGCGUAUAUCUAUUUUAUUACUCAAGUCAAAGUUUACACAUGAUGUAAUGACGCAUCCAAGGUGAGACUGUGAGCGGUUGUGGUGUCUGAGGCAAAAUCCGAAGAGUUUUUUUUUUUUAAAGUGCCUUUGGCUCAGCGAGUGUUCCAAUCAGACAGUUGUUGCCCAACGCGACUCCUAACCCACUAUUAUAAAUUGGUACAGACACAGCAGAAAUCCCUUGAUUACACUUAACCCCCCUGACAAUCCCGUUUUAUGUUCCGUAAUCUCAUAAACACAUCAUGAUGUCUGAGAAAAGACGAUGAAAAACGAGGAGUGAUGCAAGGUCAAUGAGAAAAUGUUACAUUUGGGUAAUCUGAAUGCUGUCUCACCUGUAGCCGGUGACACUUUUAUGUAGCUUGAAACUUUUUUCUUGCAGUUUCUCAGGUUGUUAAAGGAUUUUUUGUUUCUUAAAAUUGUCUGAUCGCGGUAUGGGUGUGCCCGUGAAUCUGUUCCACAAUCCCUGUUUAGUUGCGGGUUGGAUAACAGAAAGCCAGUGUUAGUCACGAUGACGGAGCUUAUACGGAGAACAGAAGACUCCUUUAGUUCAAAGCGUUGGGUGCUUGAUGUCAACCAUGCCUUUGCCCACGCCCGUGUCUGGGUCCUAAUGUCUUUUCGUGGAAGCCUUAGCAGCCUAAAGACAGCGCUGUGUUCUCUGUAUUGAAUGAUUUCCUUUCAGCGACAAGACAAUUAUUUCUCCCGGGUUUGAUCUCUGUAUAUUAAUCUGCUCCUUGCUUGGCCAGUGCAUCUUGAUCUUUUUUUUUGUCUGUGUGUGUGUGUGUGUGUGAGUGUUGCUGGAUCAGGGCGAGUUAUCCCCUCUGCUACGGCGCUGUAUGUUCACAGCUUCUGCAUCUCACCGUCACGUUUUCUACAAAUCCACCGCGCGUUCUGUCACCUCACAUGUUGUUCUGUGUCUGUUGGUGAUCGUCGUAAACCUCCUCCCCAAAAAGUGUCGAUUGUUGGGACCACAGCAGCAGUGAGGGGCUGUAAAAAAAGAUUUAAAAAAAUUUGGGUGACUGUGUGGGUAAUUUGGGGAAAGCUUUGUUACCUGUGUAAUAAUAUAGCCUAUUUGCAAUUUGUAUGUGCAUGUGCUGAACUUAUUCACAUUCAAUUGCAGACUUUGUAAAUAAGAUUAGCAUUUUUAUUCCAACAAUGAGCUCCUGUAGAUGUCAUGCAUUCUUUCCCUGUGAUUGCUAAUAAAUUUGUUUUUAUUUUUAAGGA